AUGAUGAAUAAGAUCAAGAUCAAGAAGAUUGACUACUUGCCUGCAAGGCAGGUGACCUUCUCAAAAAGGAGAAGAGGGCUCUUCAAGAAAGCUGCAGAGCUAUCUGUUCUGUGUGAAUCUGAGGUGGCAGUUGUCAUCUUUUCUGCCACUGGCAAGCUUUUUGAUUAUUCAAGCUCAAGUACCAAGGAUGUUAUUGAAAGGUACAACGCAGACAUGAAUGGUGUCGAAAAAUUGAACAAUCAAGAGAUUGAGCUGCAGCUGGAGAAUGAAAACCAUAUCAAACUGAGUAAGGAACUUGAGAAGACGAGCCACCAGCUGAGGCAGAUGAAAGGUGAGGAUCUUGAAGGGCUGAAUCUGGAUGAGUUGCUGAAGUUGGAACAACUGGUGGAAGCAAGCCUUGGCCGUGUCAUGGAAACUAAGGAAGAGCUGAUUAAGAGUGAGAUUAUGGAACUUGAAAGAAAGGGAGCUGAGCUAGUUGAAGCCAACAGCCAGCUAAGGCAGACGAUGGUGAUGUUAUCCGGAGGAAAUACUGGACCUGCGCUUAUGGAUCCGGAGAGGCUGAAUAAUAAUAUUGAAGGUGGAGGAGAAGAAGAAGGCAUGUCAGCUGAAUCUGCUAUCUCCACCACCUGCAACAGUGCUGUCAGUCUCUCUCUUGAAGAUGACUCCUCCGAUGAGGUCACUUUGUCUCUCAAACUGGGG